AUGGCAGAGCAAGCCACCCAGGUCGUCGUCGCUUCGCACAACCCCGUCAAGAUCUCAGCCGCAAGGGAAGGGUUCAGCGGCAUGUUUCCCUCUCAGACAUUCUCCUUUACUGGGCUCAGUGUGCCGUCCGGCGUUGCUGACCAGCCCAUGACGGACGCGGAAACCCUGCAGGGAGCCAGGAACCGAGCUCGCAACGCCCGCGAAGCAAAGCCAGAGGCCGACUAUUGGGUUGGCAUCGAGGGCGGCGUGGACGACAGCGGAGAUGCAAUGGAAACAUUUGCCUGGGUCGUCGUGCUGGGCAAGCAUCUUGAACCAGCAGCCGAAUCGGAGCGAAUGGGCCGGGCUCGCACGGCAGCAUUCUUCCAGCCGGAAGAAGUGGCGAGGUUGGUGCGCAGUGGCAUGGAACUUGGACCAGCGGGCGAUCAGGUGUUUGGCAGCGAAAACUCGAAGCAGCAUAGCGGAUCAAUAGGUCUGCUGACUGGAGACUUGAUCAAUCGGUCGGCAUACUAUGUGCCAGCGGUCAUUGGAGCGCUGAUUCCAUUCCGGAACUCGAAUCUGACAUUUACUCACUUUUGA